CCCCCCACCACCACCACUCUCCUCCCUUCCUCCUCACCACCUCCUACACCUCUGGCCUCAAGUACCCAAUUAAAAAAUAUUCAGAAAAAGGAAAAAUAAGACAUGAAACUAACAUCCAUCAUGAUGCUGUUUGCUUGCUUCCUUUCUUGCUAGUGCUUUGUUAGCUUCUCUCUUAUAUCUCCUCCUUUUCUUACAUACUGAAGAGUGUGUUUAGGACUAACCUCCCAAGAUUUUCUCUCAUUACAUUCUUUUCUUAGCAUUAAUUAGUUCUUUUCUUAAUAAUCUCUCCUACUCAGUGUUUUAAGGAGCCCAAGAUUUGCCCAUAUCAUUAUUAGAUUGUUAUACCCUUUUCCUUUCUUUGGUCAGUUUCAGUUGUUGGAUAUUUUUAUACCCUUCUCUCUACAUUAUAUAUAUAUAUAUAUAUAUAUAUAUAUAUAUAUAUAUAUAUAUAUAUAUAUACACUCGCCCUUUUUUUUCUGUCUACCCUUGUUUUAAGGUUUAAGAGUAUAACAUGGCUCAAUUGCCUCCCAAAAUACCUACUAUCACUCCAAAUUGGCCUCCAUUUCCCCAGCAAACAAUGUCCAAUUAUCUCUCCAAUACUCACACCACCACCGCCACCGUCACCCCAGCCGUCCUUGACAACCAUCAACCCUCUUGGGUUGAAGAAUUCUUGGACUUCACCUCUGCCAGACGCGGCGUCCAUCGCCGGUCCAUAAGCGAUUCCAUCGCAUUCCUCGAGACAAGUACAACGCCACUGGCGGAAGAUUGCAAUAAGCAGAUCAAUGGCAACAACAACAAUAAUAAUAAUCAUAAUUCCUCGAAUGCAUUCAUCUCCGAAAAUCUUGGAUUCGACAAGCUAGAUGACGAGCAGCUCAUGUCCAUGUUCUCCGACGACAUGUCAUUGUCGAUGCCGCCAUCCUCGCCCAACCCAUCAACGCCGUCCGAUCAGAACAGCAAUAAUGAUGAGAAACCAAUGGUGGGAUUAGAUCAACAAUAUCAUCAUCAACAACAACAACAAAAACAAAAUGAACAGCAACAGCCGGCCAAGGCUGAGCCAGAGGAGGUGGAGAGCUCAUGCAAGCAAGAACCACCAAAACAACAGCCUCCCACAUCUUCAAACGAUGACCCUAUCAUUAUCGAUCCUAAAAGGGUUAAAAGAAUCUUGGCAAAUCGCCAAUCUGCACAAAGGUCAAGAGUGAGGAAGUUGCAAUACAUUUCAGAGCUUGAACGUAGUGUCACAACAUUGCAGACGGAAGUAUCAGCAUUGUCACCGAGAGUAGCAUUUCUAGACCAUCAGAGGUUGAUUCUGAAUGUUGAUAAUAGUGCUUUAAAACAAAGGAUUGCUGCAUUGGCUCAAGACAAGAUUUUCAAAGAUGCUCACCAAGAGGCAUUAAAGAAGGAAAUAGAGAGACUAAGGCAAGUGUAUCAUCAACAAUACCUUAAGAAGAUGAAAAACAGCAGCAACAAUGGAGGCGGAGGAGCAGCAGCAAACCAUGAAACUAUUCAGUGUACGGACAAGAGGAGCUUCUCAUGAGCUGAGAAAUACUGUGUGUGUAUAUAUAUAUAUAUAUAUAUAUAUAUAAUUUUUUUUUAAAAUUAGAAAAGAAGAAGAGGGUGGUAGAGUUCUUGAGAUGUGAGGCCACGGUGAAUCUGCUGGUAACCUGGGCCAUCACGUGAUGUGUCUCUUUAGAGACGGGCCCCUGACAAGCUUGUGAGACUGGACUUCGAGGGUUUGACAAGGACACGUGGACUGCUAAGAUAGGGCGGUGACAACAACAAUUUUUUAUUGUUUUUAAUUUCCAUUCUUGGGUUGGUUUGAUAUUUUUCUUUAUUUUAUUAAAUUUUAAUGAAGAAAAUGACUGAUUUGCUGAUAAUAAUAUUUUUUGGUCGGGCCGAAGAUGGCAGGUGUUUGGGAGUGGGAGUGGGAGUGGGAGUGUCUUGAAUACAUGGAAAGGAUAAAGUUGUCAGGGGUAGGGUGGAGUUAAUGCUUCGUUUAUUUUAUCAUUUUUCAUUUACUGGGCUCAAUAAUUUCUGUCUUUUUUAUUUUUUUUUUUGAAAAUUGUAAAAAGAUUUUUCUUUUUUUUUUUUAAUUCAAGAAUUGUUGCUUAAAUUCUUCCUCUCUAAAUUUUAUUGGUUAAUUGCAUCAAUGACUUUCACUAUAA